ACAAUGACACAUAAUAUGAUGUUGCUUUUGAGCGUCGCAAUGGCAGAGGGGGUGAAUCCGAGAAGCGGGGCGUAUGAAUCACGCUUAACCAUUUGCGGCACAUCGAGGCCAGAUCCAUCUUCCGCCGGUCUGUGUAGUGUUGACCGUCUACAACAAAAUGCCUUCGCAAUACGAAGUCGAAGUCAACUAGUCUAGGAGUCCAUCCAGUUAGCCCUCCGGUACAGUAGCACCGAGUAUAAGCCACCAUAAUAGUAACCUCGUAGGGAAGGUGAUCAGCGAGUGAGCACUAACAGAAAGACCGUAACAUUUGAUUGCAAUACGGCGCAUAAAGAUCUUAUUUCCCUACAGAAUUGGCUGCAGAGCAUUGUUCCAGACUACGCAGUAUGUUGUCCCUAAAUAUAUUGUUCUGCGCACUGGGCACGACAGUGUCUAGUCUUUCCUUGCCUCCGACGACAGGUCCAUUUGGUGUUGGGUCCAAAGCAUGGGUAUUGGACAAAGUCACAAAGAAUGACCCAGUAGCCUCUGACGGCGUCGGAAAGUCGUUACUUCUCAACGUGUACUAUCCGACACAAGAUACAGCAUCGCCACGCCGCUAUAUAUGGGACGGUCUCGCAACAUACUUCGAGGACUACUACAAUGUCAGCUCUGGUGCAUUCGGCAAUACGACUGCUCGUAUCCUUGAUGGGGCACCAGUCCAUCCGGACUGCGAUGAUUAUGCACUACCCACACUGCUCUGGGGACCUCCUUUCACAGGUCCACCAUCUCAGAUGUUCUCCAGCCUGUUUUCCGACCUCGUCUCGCAAGGCUACAUGAUCGUGACUGUCGAUCAUCCAGGUGAACAGCCUUACUUGCAAUAUCCGAACGGGACAGGGGUAAAGGGCUUGGGGAAAGACUUCAUUCCAGACGGCGACUUCAUCAAUCGGGUCCACGAGUACCGACUAGAAGAUAACGCUGCCGUUCUUGAUGCUCUUCCUAUGCUGCAGAAAGAGCUGGGUGUACCUCUCAACUUGACCCACGUUGCCCUUUUCGGCCACUCUCUAGGGGGCAGUGCAGCUUUGAACCAGCUUCUCUACGAUAAAAAUCGAAAAAAUCCACAAAUCCUCGGAUCCAUAGAUAUCGACGGGCAAGUCUUCCCGCCGGCUUUUACGAACGACUCAUCUGCCGAUGCUCACACACCUACGCUGCUCCUGAUGUCCGAAGAGCAUCUCGCGGUGGGCGAUUUCAGCUUGGCCCAGUUCGUCACCUGGCAGACCGACUGGUCAAAGUAUCUGAUUAUACACGGCAAAACGAAUCACUCGGACUUCACUGACCUAGGGGUUCUAUUGCAAGGAAACGGCAUUACUGGUGGGGAUGGCGCGAUCAAGGCUGAGAGGAUGGUUGAGAUUACGAGGCGUUUUGUACGCACGUUCUUCGAUAUGAUAGGUAAGGUAGGCGGAGAAGGGAUAUUGAGCGGUAGCGAUCGAGUGAAGAAGGAGUGGCCGGAAGUGGAGUUCGCUAGCAGCGCGCCAAGUGCAGUACCUUGAGGUAUAUGUCAAAUACGAGGAAGGUUUCAGCCCUUCGACAAUGAGCAAGCUUAUUGUAAAGAUGAACGACCGGUGGGGAAAUGCAUUUUCUCAGAGGAUCCUGAUACACCUCGCGAAUGUGCGCGGCCAAGGGCAUUAUUUUGCGAAUGUGCACUCGGCGGUCCACUGGCCAGAAAACCAUCUUGCUAGAGCAACGAUUU